AUGGUAGACAUCAAUACAAGAAAUAAACAUAUGCUUGAUAGAAAAUAUAUUUGUCCUGUAUGUUCAUUGAUAUUACGAGAGCCUGUACAAUUGACUGAAUGUGGUCAUCGACUAUGUCAAACAUGUUUAAAUGCUGGACAAGAACAAAUGAAUAUUGAUCUUCCUCGAACAACAACUGCAGGAGCUUGUAUUCCUGCUACAGCUCAAUUUGAAGAAGUUCAUGAAAUGUUGCAUAUCUUGGCAGGUGACAUCGAAGCAUUGGUCAAUAAUGAACAACGUCUAAGUAAUGAAUCAUUCCAAAUGCAAAUUACACUUACAAUAUUGAAAGAAGAAUCAUCGAAAUUAAAAUAA